AUGGCCAAUGCCUCCACGGUGACAGAAUUUGUUCUCCUGGGGUUCUACGAAGGCUCCCGGAAGCUGCAGCUGGUUCACGCCGCGUUGUUCCUUCUGGACUACCUGGCAGCCCUGACGGGGAAUCUCCUCAUAGUGGCCGUCACCAUCCACGACAGGCGCCUCCACAGCCCCAUGUAUUUCUUCCUCAGGAACGGGUCCUUCAUAUAUGCUCUAUUCAGUUUCUUCGUGGCUUCAGAGCUGUUCAUCCUCAUGGCAAUGUCUUACGACCACUACGUUGCCUUCCGCCACCCCCUGCACUAUGAACUCAUCAUGGACAAAGAAGUCUACGUGCAGAUGGUUGCCUCCUACUGGUUCAGCAGGGGUAUAUUUGGGGUGAUGUGCACUGCGGAGAUAUUACCCAUGUCCUUCUGUGGGUUCUUCAUGGUCCAGCAGUUCUUCUAUGUCCCCUCCUUGCUGAAGGCCUCCCGUUUUAAGCAGCACGUUAUAUUGGACUUCCCCUCGACGCUGAACCUGCUAGCAUUCCCCCAGAACAUGGCCAACGUCCCCACCGUGACCAGAUUCCUCCUCCUGGGGUUCUCGGGGGUCCAGGAUUUGCAGGUGGUUCACGCCGUGCGGUUCCUCCUGAGAAAGACACGUGGGCCACUGCUGCUGUUGUGGCUGCUCCUCCUGCAGCUGCGUGUCUUGGUGUUCUGCCCCCGAAGGCGGCCACGAGAUAGCAUUUGA